GAGCACCUAUAGGUGAUGCGAGUGUUGCUCCUGCUGUAUAUCCGAGAAAUAAAGUGGCCGCAUUCCAAGUAAAGAAACAUCUCCUCCUCCUUCUUCACGGAGCGGUCCGGACAGCGAGCCAAGAUAACCCGGGAGCCGAGCUCCAGACUACGGCUCGGAGCCGAGACACUGGCCAAAGAAGAAAACACUUGGAAUACGUUGCUUGUUUGGUGUGCAUGUGUGUGUGCGAUGAAUCAUGGGUAACGUAGUGCGAAGUCAAGUUACUUGGUUCAGGUUAGGCUACAUCACGGACAUUUCACGGGCACUGAGCAACGACAUGGUGCAAGCAUUCGAUUUAGACAGCGUCUCUCCUCAGGAGAAGGAAGACAUUCAGUAACGUUUUAGCUGGACCUCAGAUAAUAUUGUAACGGACUGGUAGUUAGGUUUAUGUUCUGUUUGACUGCUAUGUGUUUGUUAUGACUUAUGAUCAGCUAACUACACCAUGUCAAUAAGUAUUGGGAUUUCCAGAGGUUCAGUGAACCAGUCGGGGUGGGGCAAGUGAGAGUUGUAGACCAAUGGCUGGUGAGUUAUCUGGCAUGACAGGCUCUCAUUGGCUGAUGAGUUGGCAUGUCAAGGGUGAAUGAGGAAGGGGAGUGAAGAACACAGUAGUGGGUGACAGGAGUGUCGGAGUUACAACCAGAAGUGUGUCGUGUUCGCUGGACUUUAAUAAAGUUACACAUAAAGAGAGAAGUUUCCUGUCGUCUAUAAGCGAGGACGCUGAAAUAUGAACGUGUUCACCGUUCAAAUUCAUUAUUUGUCAUUGAGUUCAGUUCAGUUCACCGUUCUCACAAAAGUGAACUUGUUCAAUGAACGCGUUCUUUUGCGUUCGUUCAUGCACAACACUGUCUAGAGGAGAUUUAGAGGUUUUCUUCUUUCUACCGAGUCCGGACGCUGAAUGGCGGAAAACAGCAGAGAGAGGGUUCGACCGUCCCAGGAGAAGAGAGGGGAGAGCUGGGAUAUGUCACACCGGGACUUAGCUAAAGAGGAGACAAUAUGUUGUGUGGGGUCAACUCCACCGACUGAGAAUGCAUCACUCGCCCUCCGGUCACGCUCAUCGUUGACAACAGCGACAGGACGAGGAACCAUCAUGCUGCUGAAUUCAAGUUUAGCGAGUAAAAACUAUGACCUGGACUACGACUCCCUGCAGCCGUAUUUCCACUCUGACUAUGAGGACGACGCGGUGAACCAGAGCAUCGUCUGCGACCCUGACUCCUCGCAGACCUCCCUCAAGUCCAUCAUCAUCCAGGACUGCAUGUGGAGCGGCUUCUCCGCCGGCGGUGCAGCUGCUGCGUGGAGGCUGAACAGCAGCGACCUGCAGGACCUGAACACGGCGGCCACCGAGUGCAUCGACCCCUCCGUGGUUUUCCCGUGUCCGAUAGCAGGGACGCCCAAGCAGAGCGCAGGGACGCCGCCGAGCCAGGACCUGGGGCCGGACACGCCGCCCAACAGCAGCAGCUGUAGUGAAUCAGAGGAUGAGGAUGGAGAUGAGGAUCAUGAUGAGGAGGAAGAGGAGGACCAGGAGGAAGAGGAGGGGAUCGACGUGGUCCCAGUGGAGAAGAGGCAGGCGGUGAAACGGUGCGACCCCAGUCCGCUGGAGACAAGGCCCCCCAGCCCGCUCGUACUGAAGAGGUUUGAUGUCUCCACCCACAAGCAUGAUUACACUGCCCAUCCAUCCAUGAGGCAGGAGCAGCCGGCUGUCAGGAGGCUGAAGCUGGAGAGCAGCAGCAGCAGCAGCAGCGGUGGAGGAGGAGGUGGAGGCAGCAGCGGCCACAGCAGGGUCCUCAAACAGACCAGCAGCAACCGCAAGUGUCUGAGGCGCCGGACGUCAGACACCGAGGAGAAUGACAAGAGAAGGAUUCGAGGAGCCUUUCGGGAGCGCCAGAGGAGGCUGAAGCUCAAGUUGAGCCUUGUCGCGCUGCGGGACGAGAUCCCCGAGGUGGCCAACAACGAGAAGGCGGCAAAGUCGGUGAUCCUGAAGAAGGCGACAGAGUGUAUCUACAGCAUGCAGUCAGACGAGCAGAGACUCCUCACACAGAAAGAGCAGCUGCGGAGGAGAAAUGAACUUUUAAAGCAGAGACUGGCACAGAUGCAGGGCUGCCGUGCUUGAAGUUUGAAUCAAGACUUUUUGGCCUUUUGUUUAUUAUGCAAGUUCAAGACUUGGGGUUGUACAGUUCUUGUUGCAUGCAAAUGCAAAAACGGAUUAAGUUGUUUUGAAAUCUCGUUUGAUUUUGAAGUUAAAACUGCCUCAGUAGAAGUUAUGGGUGGAUUCAAUAUUUAAAAGUUUAUUUUUAUUAAUAAAAUAUUAAAAAUAGGGCAGUCCCGUUGGGGGUCCGAACUAAAAUAUACAUUUUUAUGUAUAUAUUUUUAUUUUUGUAAUAUAAAAAAUGU